AUGUCUGUCCCCGCUGUAUCUCUCGAGCGGUAUGGUGAACCUGCUGCAACCCAUUUGUUUAGUGCGUCUUUUUUGUAUCCUCCUUCAUCAGCAGAUGGACACAAAAGACAAGAAGCCAGAUACGGGGGCCUGGAGAGGAGGAGGCGGCGCAGUGGGCGUUUAGCCGUCACCUUUGUUUUAUUGGUCUCUGUCUUUGGUGUCAUUUAUCUUCUCUCUCGCUGUAUUGCAUUAAACAAAGAGCAGCAGCUACAUGCAGCAGCAGGAAGAAGACUGGCAGGGCAGAAGGGACGAGAUCCAGAUUUUAUCUCGUGGGACGAUGACGAAGGUGACGAAGAAGGAGAAGGGGAUGAAGAAGGACGAGAAAAAGAUAAUUCUCGUGGCAGUGAUGAGGAUUAUGUGCCGGCAGCGAAGAAGACAAGGCAAGAUGAGUUAAGGGAGGAGCAGGAAGGGACUGUUUCCCCCUUAAGUCCUUUUGUUGCUGGAGCUCAUGCUGCAGCAGCGCCGGAAGCAGCAGCAGCCCAGCCAACGGCGGCAGCACCACCACGAACAGCAGAAGCGGUGCCAGCAGCUGCUGCACCAAAAGCAACUGCACCACCAACAGCAGCAGCACCACCAACAACAACAGGAGCGGCACCAACAGCAGCAGCGCCACCACCACCAACAGCAGAAGCAUCUCCAACAGCAAGAGAAGAAGAAGAAGAUACGGCGGAGAUACUGCGACAGCACAUAUUGCAAUUCUGGGGAUGA